AGCGAAUCAUGGCCAAAACAAAAGACAAAUCGAUAUUUGUAUCCAGCGUGGAUUCCGAUUCUGAUAUAGAGGAAAUAAUUAUGCCUCCAAAACCGCCAGUAGAAGUUAUUCAGUUGGAUGAUUCCGAUGAUGAGUGUCAAGACAUUUGUAAACCUAUUUACAAUAAAAAAGUUCACAAAGACCCGAUAGUGCGUGUUUCUUAUAGACAGCGAAUUCCAGAGUCAUACUUCCCUGGAAUAUCAACAUCGUUGAUUAAUGUCCAGAGAGAACACAACAAUCGUAGCAAAUAUGACACGUGGGGCAGUAAUUCAUGUUCGGAACCCCGAAUUUCUAUAAGUAAUAUUGAACGUUUGGAGAAACCAAGUUAUCAUGAAGCGCGAAGAGUUCCAGUCUUUGAACGUCUAGAGAGAAGUCGAGAAAUCAGCAACGGAAGGAACAACCAGAAUCCCAUUCGUUUCAACCAUAAAUUCGUUCCACCCAUAAAUAGACAAACACCCCUUUUCAACAAUCAACAACUUUUGGUAAAUGUUCCAUUCAACGAACAUCAUCCUACCUUCUUGGAGCCUAGACCAUUUUAUCGAUCAAAUGUAAAUGAGUACAAUGCAGGUGGACUGAAUCGAGGAAGUUUCCGAAAAAUGGGACGAUUGAAUAUGGAAAUCGUGCGAGAUAAUGAUGAUUUCGAAGAACAUUUUUUGGCGCCAAACUUUCCUGCAAAAUCUGCAUCAAUUGAUCGUAGAGUAGAUGACUCACUCAGUAGUAAUUCUUAUUUGCGAUCUGGAAUGAUCAUGGCAAGUUCUGAACGAUUGGAGGAUCCAAGGUUUUCCGGAAGACUUCCAGUCUUCGCACGUCAAAUCAACAAUCAGGAAAUCAACAACGACAACUUCUACCAAAAUUCCAUUUGCUACAAUCAUAAUAAUUAUCCGUCCAAUUUGGAAUCUAGAGUUUCUUUUCCGUUUGAGGCAAGGCAUCAUGAUGCAGAUGGACUGAAUCGUGGACGUUAUCAAGUAAUGGAGCACGUGAAUAUGGGAAUCAUGCGUAAUAGUGAAGAUUUUGAAGAUUACGACAUCACUCAGACUGAUCAAGAUAAUCAUUUCUACAAUGAUAAAGAUUCUGGAAAGCACCACCGUCAUCGUCAUCGUUCCAAGAAUAACAAGAAACAUAAAAAACACUAUGACCGUAACGAAUCUGGAAAUUCUUCUGAAUGUCGCGAAGAAGAUGAUUAUGAGAUAAGCAAUCCUUCUGAGAAGCGUCACGAGAGGAAAAAGAGACAGCGUAGCAGUCACAGAAAGGAAUCUGCUUGUGUGGACGAAGAUAAUUAUAUUCUUGAUGAAGAUCGUUUUUACCAACAAGAGUCUGAUGAGUACCACAAUAGUCUUGAAAUGGAGAGAGAAUAUGAACAUGGAAUGGAUGUCGGUGUCAAAAAAGAGCACAGUUACAAGUGCGAUGAUAUUGCACGAAAUGCAAGAAAACGCGCACGGUUGACCGACGACGAUAUGGCUCGACGUGAAGAGUUGUUUAAAGAAUGGUCAUAUUCGAAGGAAAUAGUUGAUGGUGUAACACAGCUCUUUGGUGGUCCACCUAGAGAGUCCGAGAGACAUCAGAAAAAGCAGAAAGAGCUGGUGUUUGAAGCGGAUCGUACGGCCAUGCAUGCUCUUUCCAUUCGCUCUGGAGCUCUCGUAAAGGCACGACUGCUUGAGAUCCACUAUGCAACAGGAUGUCAUCUUAUUUUCCUGGAGGAAGUUAAACGCGGUGGAUAUACAUACGUCGAACUGAAAGGAGAUCCCGAGCACAUCAAGAAUGCUCAAAAAAUGAUUGAUGAUAUGGUUAUUGAUGAACACUACAUUCAUGAUGGUCGAGAAAGUAUUGUAUACUUUUAUAAUGCUCCCCACGAAUUGCGUAAUACAAGAGGAUUCGAUUUGAAUUGCAGAAGCAUUGAGAAAUACUGUGGAAUCAUCAUCGAGAAAAUGAGAGAAGUGUUUGGUAUCGGCGGAUAUGUGUCAACCGCACCACUGAAACUUACUGGAAGUGUUAAUUCCAUUCACAUGGCUAGAGAAACGAUGCAAUCGAAAACAAAGCGUUUCCUCGAUGAAGAGAAGUUCAAGGAGACUGUAGAACAUUGUACGCCAAUAAGUUUCUACCGAAAAAUCAUUGGACGUUGUGGAGAGAACUUGAAAACUAUCGAGAAAGUGACUCGUACUGCCAUCGUUUUCAAACGCUCAUUUGAUAAUAAUGAGGCGUGCUUUUCAAUUCGUGGAAGAACUGAUAACAUCAAGCAGGCUAUCGAGAAAAUUGAGGAGAUCACGCACGAGAAUCAGCCAGCGGAUGAUGAUCCGGGUAUCUUCCAAGUUCGUGUUCCAGAAAACAUGGUUGCCCGGCUUAUUGGAAGGCAUGGCGUAGAAAUCAACAGAAUUCGAAGUGAAUCGAAAGCAAAGUGCUACUUGAAUGCUAUUAGAGGAAAUCUCGAUGAUAAGUUCAUGGUUUGUAGUGGUGGAGUUGAAGAAGCUGCCUAUGCUGCAUAUUUAACCAAGGUUAAAAUAGGAAUUAUUGACCCGAAGGUUAUUCAAUUCAACUCGGAUGAUUUCAACAACUUGUCAAAAGUGAAACCGAUGGAAGAUCCGAGACUCGUUAUGCUCAAAAAAAGAUACGCAGAAAGAAAAGAAUGCAAAUAAGUGAAUUUUUUAAAUAGUUUCAAAGUAUUUCUCUUGAUUUUGUACUGCAUUUUUUAUCCAUUUUUGUUUUUUCUCCUGUAUUUCCCCAAUCUUUUUUUACGGUUUUCUUACAUACUUUACUGGUUCUCUACUCCCGAAUCUCAAUAAACGAC